CAAAGGGAAUGCUGAAUGACAGUUAAAAUGGGUGUAUUUUAAUGUAAAAUAUGCAAACUAAACAACUAAUUUAUAUUAUAAUAAAGGCCCAGAGCUUGAAAAAUGUACAACGCAAUAAAACGUAAAUCAGUUAAGUAAAUAUUGUAUUAAUUAGUCGCGUUAUAGCACUGUGUUACUUCCAUUGUUUAUACUAAAUCAUCCGGUUUGGUCGAAUUAUUCAGGUUUCUGUUGUGUAUUGAAACAUUAUGCUGGUGGGCAAACAAAUGCGUCUAAACCUUUCUUCAAGGGAUGAAACGAAACUAUGAUUUCCAGGAAAUGAAACUUACCAAGGUACAUAAAUGCUCUAGGAACUUAGGAUUCAUUUUACCGGUAAAGAAACAGCAGCAGCAGCAGCAUCACUCUGAGAGUCCUGUCGAGGAGCGCACGUUAGAAGUAUUUAUUUUUGCUUUUUGACAUUUUGACGUUGUUUAAGGAUGGAGAAAAUGAGUUACACGUUCAGUCAGCACUAUGAGGAAAAAAUCCGCCCUUGCAUCGACACUAUCGACAAUUUGCGGUCUUUGGGAGUGGAAAAGGACCUGGCGUUGCCUGCCAUCGCCGUCAUUGGAGACCAAAGCUCAGGAAAGAGUUCUGUUCUGGAGGCGCUGUCGGGAGUAGCGUUACCCAGGGGUAGUGGAAUCGUUACACGAUGCCCUCUUGAGCUCAAGAUGAUAAGAACUCAAGGCGAAGGGAAAUGGCAUGCAAAAAUCAGUUACCAAGACUAUGUGGAAGACAUUGAUGACCCAGCAGAAGUGGAGAAGAUGAUUCGUGAAGCCCAGGAUGAGAUGGCUGGAGCAGGUGUUGGUAUUAGUGAUGAACUCAUCAGUCUGCAGAUCACCUCUGCCAAUGUUCCUGACCUCACUCUCAUCGACCUCCCCGGGAUCGCUCGAGUGGCAGUCAAGGGUCAACCUGAGAAUAUUGGAGAUCAGAUUAAGAGACUGAUCAGGAAGUUUGUUACAAAGCAAGAAACCAUUAACCUGGUUGUGGUGCCAUGCAAUGUUGACAUCGCGACCACAGAAGCAUUGCAGAUGGCUCAGGCGGAGGACCCUGAGGGCGAAAGGACUUUAGGCAUCUUAACAAAGCCGGACCUGGUGGACAAGGGCACUGAAGGGACAGUGGUAGACAUUGUGCACAAUGAGGUCAUUCACCUUACUAAAGGCUACAUGAUUGUAAGGUGCAGGGGACAAAAAGAGAUUAUAGAUCAGGUCACUCUUAAUGAGGCCACAGAAACAGAGAACGCCUUCUUCAAAGACCAUCCUCAAUUCAGCAAACUCUAUGAAGAAGGUUUUGCUACUAUUCCAAAGUUGGCUGAGAAACUAACAAUUGAGUUGGUUCAUCACAUUCAGAAAUCCCUGCCUCGGUUAGAAGAGCAAAUCGAGGCGAAGCUCGCUGAAACACAGAAGGAACUGGAGGCGUAUGGAAACGGACCCCCAUCAGACCCUGCAGAAAGACUGAGCUUUCUCAUCGAUAAAGUUACAUCUUUCACACAUGACACCCUCAAUCUGACCACUGGGGAAGAGGUUAAAUGUGGAUCAGAUCUAUUGAUUUUUCCAGAACUUCGUGAAGAAUUUGCAAAAUGGAAUGGCUUCUUGGAUCAUUCGGGAUAUUUAUUCAACAAGAAGAUUGAGAAAGAAGUUGAUAACUAUGAAGCCAAGUAUCGGGGAAGAGAGCUUCCAGGAUUCAUCAAUUACAAGACCUUUGAGGGGCUUGUUAGGGAUCAGAUCAAGCUGUUGGAAGAACCUGCCUUAAAAACACUGAAGACCAUCUCUGAUGUGGUUAGAAAGAAGUUCAUCCAACUGGCCCAGUGCAGCUUUAUUGGAUUCCCCAAUCUUCUGAAAAUAGCAAAGACUAAGAUCGAAGCCAUCAAGCAGGAUAAAGAAUCCUUGGCAGAGUCCAUGCUGAGGACCCAAUUCAAGAUGGAGCUCAUUGUUUACAGUCAAGAUGGCACAUACAGCCAGAGCCUGCAACAUACAAAGGAUAAAGUGGAAGAGGAUGUCAUCUUUUCUGACUCUGAUGACGAUGAAGACACUAAAAAAAGGGUUAACUGCAUGAGCGGAGGCAUUAGCACAGUCAAUAAUGCCACCUUGCGUGAGAUGAGGUUGCACCUUGAGUCCUACUACACGAUUGCAAGCAAGCGUCUAUCUGACCAGAUCCCAAUGGUGAUCCGCUAUCUGCUGCUCCAGGAAGCAGCUUUGGAGCUGCAAAGGAACAUGUUGCAGUUGCUGCAAGACAAAGACGGUGUAGAUGAUCUGCUUAAAGAAGACUUUGACAUUGGCCAAAAGCGGGAGAGCUUACUGAGUCGCCAGAAACGUCUGAUGAAAGCGCGCAGCCUCUUGGUUACCUAUUAGAAUUCCUUUCAUAUAGUCAACUGCAGCGGUUUUAAUGCAACAAAAUCAUAUGCUCAUGUGGUUAUAGUUUGACAUAUUACACUUGCAUUACAUUUAAUCAUUGAAUCAUGCAGUCUCGCCUCAUAUAAUAUGCAGUGUGCCAGGAAUUUGGCUGCCGCGGAGCCGUGGCGGGCAAAACAGCCAUGUAACUGCAGCACAAGCCUGUCAAUUUUCCAUCUUAAAACAAAAAUAUGUGAACAAGAUGCAAGUUUUGGGCACUUGUGAUCCAUACACAGCACCUGCAGUGAUUUCAAUCACUAAAAACAGCGGGCCGAUUUUUUAUAAAGCUAACGUUAAAAAUACAAGGGUGGGUUGCACCAAUAAGGAUUAAAUUAAGCAAAGUUUAACACUAAUCAAGGAUUUGUUGAUCUGGGUUUUAUUUUAAAUCGAGUUGUGUUGCACCAAUUAGGUUUCCCUCAGGGCGUGACGUCACGUGAAAACUAUCAAUACUUAACUGAUUUAUUGCAGUUAUAUCAGAUCUAUGUAUUUAUUCACUAAUGUGAAGAAUCUCAGGACUUACAAUAUAUUGUAUUAUAUGUUGAUAAAUUAAACUCAAUGUACAAUGUACAGUAAUUUUAUUUGUUUAGGAUGAGCGUAUUGGCCUACUCCCUGUCCCUAGAGUUAAACUUGUGUGUGCUUUCACUGGAACAAAACUUUAGAAUAGCCUUUCUCUUUACAUUAGGCAUACCCCAUCUAUCGCUUUGCAGGUCAUAUGGCUGAGAGAGAGCAUACUCACAUUCAGUGAGCUUAUAAUGCGCAUUUUAUUGUCAGUAAAGGUAAGGGCGUUGUUAAAAAAAAAGGCAUAAGUGGAAAAAUUAAAUCUAUUUUUUCAUAAAACGGCAAUUUAAAUAUAUUACUUCUAUAGAUUAUACAAAAUGACCAAAUAAAAGGGCUGAAUAAGCUGAUCUAGCAUGUUAAAUGGUGGCAUCCUAAAUGAAUGGUACACCCCCUUAAGCUCACAGAAAUGGUUUGACCCAAGUUUUCAGCAGCCAAUGACACUGACCCCUUCAAACAGAUUUUUAACGCAUAUUUCACACGUAUUUAACGCAUAUUUCACACGUAUUUAACGCGUAUUUCACGUGUAUUUAACGCGUGAAAUACACAUAUUUAACGUGUUGUUGACGUGUUAAAAUUCACGUGUUUUUGGCCCUUUUGGCCUUCCAUAGCGGCAUGGACGUACCUAAUACACAUGACACAUCUCAAAUUGACUAGCAAAGCAUUCAUUUCAUUUGUUUGUUAAAUAAGAGAUGAAUAAGAUGUGUUGUUUCUGAAAUCAUGUUGAUGUUGCCACUGUUAUCAGUGGCAUGCAACUAUGCUCUCUUGGCGCUCGUGCACAGUCCACGCAGAAGAGCUUUAUCACUGAACGCAGGUUUUAAUGAGGGAAGGGUCGGUGAACUUAAAAACAGUGUGUACUGAUGUUAAUUCAUGUUUAUUAGUAGGAAGAGAUGAUCGGUUCAUGUGCCGCUUGAACUGAAACGCAGCGAUCAAUCACACACACACAUGUCCCACCCACUUUUUAAAACAAAGUUACACCACUGAUUCAUUGUGAUUCUUUUAUCCUUUGUAAAGCACUUUGGUCUACCUCAGUUGUUUAAAUAUGCUUUAUAAAUAA